UGCGCUCUCUGCCUCUCUCUCUCUCUCUCUCUCUCUCUCUCUCUAAUCUUUUCUCAGCUCAAUCGCCAUGAAGCUCAGGGUAAGAUGUUUAGAAUCCAAGGAGACAUUUAAGAUCGAAACACCGUCUCCUUUCUCUCUGCAAGACCUAAAAAGUGCAAUUAGCGGGAAGGUAUCGUCUCUCCCUGAGACGUUGCACCUCUCCUUAAACAGGAAGGACAAGAUCGAUGAUUCUUCUCCUCAAGCAUCUCUCCAGUCUCUCGGCAUCAACUCUGGAGAUCUGAUCUUCUACACUAUCAACCCCAAUGAUUUCUCGUCUGAAACCCUAGUUCACACACCAACUACGCGUGGAAGCCCGCAAAUUCAGGCAAGUACACCUUCUGAUGUCCAUCUCGAAGAGAAAACCCUGAAGCAUCCAGAAGUUUUGCAAWCCCAAAUUCAUGAUAUCAAUUCCAAAGAAACUCUAACACUACCUGAGGAUCAUCCACAGCAAGGAGAAGCCAUGGAUAUUUGUGAAAAUUUYAAUGAAAAACCAUUCGAUAUGGAAGAUGUUGAUGUCGACGAAUCUGUCUUARUGGGGAAUUCUUCUUCUGUUCCUUGCUUUUUGAGAAAGGUCCUUAAAGAGGAUAUUUCCAACGCGGAGAGCGGUCGUAAGCUCCUAAUUAUGGCCGUUCAUGCGGUUUUGUUGGAGUCCGGGUUUGUUUGCUUCGGUUCUGCAUCUGCAAAGAAGAUUGAUGGAGUUCAUCUUCCGGAAGGAUGGGCAUCCAUGUCUACUGCUGUGCGUGUACAUUACACACUUCCCGAUCUCUUGGUUUCUGGAUGUGACGUUCUGGAAACCGUUAUUUUGAAGUUUCAGACUUUGGGGAAAUUUGUUAAUGUUUAUGGGUCUUUAACCACAAAGGGUUCAGGUGUUUAUGGUCUAUCUUUGGAUGAAUCGCGUUUUGUUCCGUCAAUGAAUUUUGUGUGGACAAUUUGCAACUCCCAGAGUGGUGUCAUCGACAAAGAUGGUUCUUCUAAAUCAUCUCAUGAAAAGGAAGUCUUUGAAUUCUGGAAGCUAGUGAAAGAUGGGCUUGCAUUGCCACUCCUCAUUGAUCUAUGUGAUAAGACUGGAUUGGAUCCUCCACCAUGCUUCAUGCGCCUUCCGACUGAACUUAAGRUACGGGUAUUGGAGUUACUACCUGGUGUUGAUGUUGCCAAGUUUGGUUGUGUKUGUUCAGAGAUGAAAUAUCUUUCAUCGAAUAAUAAUCUAUGGAAGCAGAAGUUCGAGAAAGAGCUUGGACUCGGUGAUAUGGAGGGAAUACAAGGAGGGGGAAAUUGGAAAGAGAGGUUUUCUAUAUGUUGGGAAAGGAGGAGGAAGAGAARAGGGAUUAAAACCAUAAGAGAACAGCGCAUCGUGCCAGAGAGACCACGUCCAUUUGGGUUYCCAUACUUCCCUGUGAGGAGAGACCCUGUUCCCUUUGGGGUUCCUCGUAUUGUAGGAGGUGAUUAUGACAUGCUCCCAGGUUUCGGUGCUCCUGUUCCUUUUGGAUCCGCUCGAGAUUUUCCKCGGUUUCCUGCACGGAGAAACUUCUCACCUCAUUGUAACUUCCGUGGAUUUAAUGCUUAAUCUAGCACCUUAUGGUCUCUUAUGCUCUAACUGCGUAAUCUCUUCAUCCUGUUGAGCUUGUUGUAAGGUGAGGGUGAGAGUUGCUGCCYAGGUACUCUAUACCAGUGUCAGAUAUAGGUAUUGAUAAUUAUGUUCUUAUCUACCGGAUUUUCUACAAGAAAACAGAAUGGAUCCUACAUUUCGAUCUGCAAUUUUCUAUAUAUAUAUAUAUGGAUGAGUCAUUGAACCCCAACUUAAAUGGCAGGAUCUGUCUGCUAGUACUGAUGGCAAUGUAAAUAUUUUUGAAGCAUUGUUGUUUAUAAUACAUAAAUAAGUCACCUUUCCUGGUAAUGUAAAUAUUUUUUGUGCAUAUAUGUUUUGAUUCUUA